UAAGAAGUCCUACAGGUUGAGAAAGGGCUAGCAUUUCUUUACUAAUUACUCCUUUGUCUAUUUGAGAUAUAAAUCUUGCGGAUAAUAUAUUGUGAGUGUGUAUUGCACUUCAGUAUGGUUCAUUUUCAAAUGGUCCUUGGGAAUUAUAUAGAAAAACGGUUUCUCCCAUUUUGACUACUGCGUUGCCAGGUAACCCUAUGUUCAAGCUAACGACGUGUAGAAGUUAACCCAAGGUAGACAGCAGGUUGGGUGAUUACAUUAAAUGAAGUGUUUGGUACGAUUGGUUAGAGAAGAAACUUAACCGCAGCAUGUUCACUAUGAGGCAUCACAACAGAAGAGCAUUGUCUGAUAAACAAAUUGCCUUGAAUAUGUUCAACAGCCAUAAGAAGGCCAAGGUGAAAUCCUGCAAUACAGGUAUUUCUGCUCCUUGCCACAGUUCAGUUUGUAGUAACAAUAAAACUGAGGAGCGUUUCAGCGAGCCUCAAAAGACGAAGCGUCUUAAAACCAUAAAACAAAGAAAUCAAAUUCGAGGGCAGAGCAGUAACCGAUCUAACCAGAGCCAUCAACACUGUGAAAGGAGAAGCAAAGACAAAGGGCCAUGUAGCGAGUGUCAGGAUUGCCAAUGCAGUCACUCACUAAACUUUUCCAGAAAAGAAAAGCCAGUUGCUAAGCCAUUUCCUUCACAGAAGCCAAGCAUUAUCACUGAAGGUCGUCUUACAUCUAUCAGAGGCCUCUUCAGCCAUGAGGUGAGGUCUGUGGACAUUGAAAGACUGGUAAAGGAAAAGAAACAUCAAAAGCACAUAGAAAUGCAGGCCACGGCAAGUCCUUCCCCUUCCUGUUUAAUUCCCCAUUCAACACCUCCUGCUGUGAUUUCCGAUAGAAGCGAGGAAGGCAUUUCUGCUUGUGCAAAUAAAGACCAGAAAUCUUUUGAGAAAACAGAUAAUUUACAGACUAAUUUAGAAGACACAGUCCCUGUGACUAUAUGCAGUGGAGAUGGAAAGCACAGUUCUGCACAGACUCAUAAAGCUACAGAUAAUACUACCAGAUCUGGAAGCCCAUCAGAUCAGGCAGGGAUACAAGAAGCUGUGAUUUUGUCUUCGUCAGAAAGUGAACCUGUUCAUAAGUCCUUUCCAACAUCUGUCAAAGUCACCUCGAGUGACCAUAAUGUCAUUCCAAAAAAGAAAAAUACACAAAACCAAAGGCAAACAAAUAAGGCCACUGCUGCCAUGGAUGUGCGACGUGAUUUUGUAAAUAAUGAAAGACUUGACACCCCUGUGGGAUCAGAAGUCUUAAAUUCGGAUGAACCACAAUUUGGCCCCAGUCCUGCAAUUUUCAUGUUUUCUUCACCCACACUGGACAAAGAAAGAAAUGCAUUGGGUGAUGAAUGUCAGCACAGGAAACCUGGAUUUUCAUCCAAAGAGGAAGAAGUGAGAAGGCUGGCAGCUCGUCUUUGUCACAAUCUAGGUUCAUUUCCACUACAGCGCUGCUGCCCUCUGUUGACAGAGUGCAGGAAUGUGCUACUACACCACCUGCAGGAAAGGCAUGGCUCUCAGCUCCAACACAGCCUGCACAGGCUACACUCACACCUCAGUGGUCCACAUUCCCCACAAACUGGAGAGCAAGUCUGGUCCAGCACUGUGGACAAAUGUUUAGACAACACGCAAAAAUAUUUCACCUAUACAAGGAAGCAUGAAGAUGAUCAACAGAGUGAGACAAUGAAAUUACAUUCAGAUAAUGGCUUACAGAAACAUUGUCAACGAGAGGACUUUUGUGAGAAUGUGGAAAGAGGAACAGCCUCUAAGAGGCAGAGGAAGCAAACUUGGGGGAUACACUCACCUCAGGAUUUUGUCACAAAACUCCAGCGACCAUGCCAAGAUACGUUAAGCCAAUGGAGUUUAACAGCACAGACUCAGGAGUCUCCUAGAGCAAAGCAACAUUCCAACUCGCAGACAUUCUCCCAGACAUUCUCCCUGCACCAGGCCUUCACUGGGCCUCAAACUCCAACACCAAUGUCUUAUAGAUGCACAAAUCGGACUUUAGACCCCUUUUUCCUGGAGCCACAGAAGCAAGUAAAAUUAGACAGUGGUGAAAACAGGAGGAGACACAGCACUUCCCUUCCACUGCUAGAACAGUGGCGAAUUGACCCUGAUUUAAAUUUUCUGUUCCAAGACGAGAAUUCACAGAAAACCCAUACAUCAUUAGGUCCUCUGACAGAGUUGAGGACUUGUUCUCCUCAGCACAACAUUGAGAGUGUCAGUGAGAGACAGCUCUUUGGUGCUUCCUCUACUGUUUCAGCAUUCUUUCCUCCCGAAGGGUUUUGUUAUGAGCCUUAUUAUCGGUUUCCACAUCCAUCCAACUCCUUUAACAGGUCAGAAAAAUCUGGUAUGACUGUUUACACUCAGACAGAUGUAGAAAAGUGGGGUCUUGAUCCACCCUUGCACUUGACCACUCCUUAUUUCUAGCAUUGGCCAUAAGCUGUCCACUACAUAUAGCUACUUAUUUAAUGCAUAGCUUUUAUUGUGAUCCAGUGACAUUGAGUGUCAUCACUAGAUCUUAAAAAAGUUAAAUAUGUGGAAUAGUGAAAAUAAUCCCUUUUCUUUUCAAAUGUGUACUUCAACUCUAUAAUUUCAGCUUUGGCCAAACCAGAAUUCUCCAGUAUAAAAUUGGAGAAUUCUGUUCCUAAAUAGCAGACUGUAAUUUCCUCAUACAGAAGUAUAUUGCAAAUUUAAUUUGCUCAGAUACAUAUCUAUAAACCUGACAUAUGAUUCUUGUUAAGAAGAAAAAAAGUCAUUUCAGAUUGACUGACAUGUCUCUAUUAUGUAUUGUUGUGAUUUAGACAGCAUAGCAGGAUGGAUAAACAUGCCCAGUAACAGUGAUGUAGAGAAUGUGUUUUCUGUGGGUUUUCCCGCCAGUAAAUCAGCCUUCUGUGUGAGAUUUUUGAUUGUUGAGACCAAAGUACAUGUGCAAUAAUAAUGCAUAUGUACUUCAUAUUGAAUAUGUAGUCAAAUUUAAACAAGAAUACAUAUUGGUAAUAAAAUUGUCAUUUUAUUUAC